AUUGAUCAUCAAUACUACAUGAUGGAAAUCAAGGCGAACAGAUCUGACCUGAUGAAGGAUUAUUACAUUGAUGUGCCGGCGAUGCUGCAGAAGCCAGGAACUGUUGGCAAUAAAAGUCAUCCUUCAUUGUCAAAUAGUUACAGGAGAGCCGUGGCGGCAAAAAUCCAGUUCGAUUUCCCUUUUUAUGGUCAUCGAAUGCGAAAUCUUACAAUCGCUACCGGUGCAGAUGCGCUUUUCCCUACAAAGAGUGUCUCUUUUUUGCUUCAUUCUCGAAAUGCUACAGUAGCAGCUGCAGGUUUUGCAUAUAUCGGCGAUCAGUCACACAGCUGGCUGGCGGCAACCCAAUAUAUCGCACCACUGAUGGCCAAUUUUGACACACACGGUGAGAAUGCUACAAUAAUGUAUGCUGAUGACGGUGAAAAGUUCGUCAUUGAAUGGAGUAAUUUACAGCUUCGGGAACAGCGUUCAGAUACCAAUGUCUGUAACAAAUAUCAGCGAUUCACAUCAUCCAGUGAAAAUAGGAAUGAGCGAUGCUUACCUAUUCCAUCACAGUGUGCAAAACCCUUUGGCUCCAAUUUCGCAACCUCGUAA